AUGCCCUCCUUCUCCUCCCUUUCCAUCCCCAACAUCGGAACCGCCAAUCUCACAGCUAUUCUCGCUACAUCUUCACUCUACGCCUAUCUCAUCGCAUUACAUCAACAUCAGCAGAAAACAUUACUGAAAGAUCACGAAGCGCGAGAACUAGAACGAGAACGCGAACGUGGGAAAUUACAGAUACAAGGUCCUAAACAAUCAGUUCAGGAGACUUCGUUUCGUGAUUCUGGAGGAGGAUUCGUCGAAGAACAAAAUAGUAGAAGUUUAAUUGCGGCGAGACGAGAUACGGAAAAUCAAGGACGAUAUUAUCAUAAUACAAACCCAAAUUCGAAUAGAACGACCACGACCCGAAACAAAAUGUCUAAAACUUUUUCUCCCUCUGAAGUGGCGGCUCAUAAGGAUGUUGAGAAUGGAAUGUAUAUUAUCAUCGACGAGGGUGUUUACGAUGUUGCCAAUUUCCUCGAAGAACACCCCGGCGGCGCCAAAAUCCUUAAACGUGUAGCGGGAAAAGAUGCCUCGAAACAGUUUUGGAAAUAUCAUAAUGAGAGUGUAUUGAAGAAGUAUGGAGAGAAAUUGAAGAUUGGGACUGUGGGUGAGAAGGCGAAGUUAUAG